ACAACAUAAUAUUGUGGGAUGGGUUCUUGUUUGUCGCACCUACGUGUUGGUUUUAAAGUUUUGGACCUACCCGCUAAAAAAGGCUAAUAUACUUUUAAUUUACACUAAUUAGCUAAGUCCUUAGUUGGGUUCUGCAAUGUUAACGAAUUGAUUGAAGAGUCGAAACGCCUCUUUUAUUUUUCAAAAUAUGGCAAUUUCCUGCUUCUCAAAUAUUAAGGAUUUCGCCCUGACGAGGCCGCCGGUGGUUGUUUUCACCAGUUGUCUCCUUGUCCUUUCUUUGGGAACUAUAUUCAUGGCUCGCUACAUUGAUCACUAUGAAAAUCUGCCGGAUCCGGACUACCCAUAUGACUGGAGCACGAUUUUGAAAAAUAUGGCUGAUUUAGAACUCUGUGCACAACCUGAAAAAUCGAAUGAAUUGAAGUCAGAGACGAAGACAGAUAAAUCUGGCAGUGAGCAAAAUAUUGUCAGUAGGACCGCUGUAAUCCAACUUCCUCAAAUUCCGCACAAUAAACUGAGCAAUUAUACUAAAAUUAGCGGAAAUGUCGCGGGCACCUUACUUGGAUUAGAUGGUAGCGACGCAGAAAUUACCAUCAGCUUUAUUUUGGUAACGAACGGUACAAGUGACCAUUCUGUUUGUGCAACAUUCACUGGACCACAAUCAAAGAUGCCAAGCUCGGAAUACGCUUUCCAGUGUCAGUCAAACCAAAUAUAUCCAGUCGAAAAAUAUUCUCAAUUUAAUGCAAGACUGAAAGACCCGAAAAAUGAUGAUCCAAAAUGGUGCUCGGAUGGAACACAACUGCAACUCGAUUAUAUUCGCAUUCUGUCACUUAAAGAGAGUGACAAGGAGAUCAUCAAAAUGCAUUUGAUGCACACCAGUUUCUUCCUGCUCUCUAUUGCGCUUGCUCUGAUUUGUUACGCUAUAGUGAAUGGACGAAGGACUCACAUUCCAAUUGGCGAUCAUGCCAAAGUGCCGCUUGGUCUGUGAAAUAACUUCUUAAUUCCUUUUUAAAGACUGCUGAGAUGUAUUUUUCUUUGUAAUAACCCGCUUGCCUACAAUUCAUUAAGUUUCUUUUUUAAAUUGGCAAAAUUUAUUUUAUACUUUUAGAAUUCAAUUCAAUCAGAUUUCUCCAAAUAAAAUGGUUGAACCAUUGUAACAAAGCAAA